GGAUCAAAGUUGUCACUUGUCAACCUCACAGACAUCACAGACCAUAUGUAGUGAUUGUUCAGCGGUAGCUUCUUCUCCUUCCACAACCUCCGGAUGUCAUCUGACCCGCAUUCCAUGGAGAAGCCGGUGAGCAUCCUCUGGUUCCGACACGGUCUUCGUCUCCAUGACAACCCAUCGUUACACGAAGCUGUCCAAGACGCUGAAAAAGAGGGAUGGCAACUCUUGCUCAUGUUCAUCUUCGAUGGCGAAACGGCUGGCACCAAAUUGUGCGGCCUCAAUCGAUUCAAUUUCUUGUUGGAAUGUCUCAAAGACAUCCACGACCAAUUGCAGACUCUGGGCACUCGGCUCCAUGUGUGCCAUGGCGCUCCUAUUGAGAUCUUUGAAGCCAUCCACCAAACCCGAGGGAUUGCCAAGCUUUGUUUUGAGCAGGAUUGCGAACCCGUUUGGAAGACAAGGGAUGAGGGGGUAAAAAAUUGGUGUCAGACCACUGGCGUCCCUUGGGUGGAAAAAAUUGGGCACACUUUGUGGAACCCACAUGAGGUAUUGGCUUUGAAUGGAGGCACGCCUCCGGUGACGUUUGCCAUGUUUAACCACGUGAUCUCGGCCAUGCCCAAACCGGAUCGUCCCAAGGCCGAUGUGGAUAUGUCCCAGGUUCAGUUCGCUGCCAUUGAUGACGAGUUAGGGCGGAAGAUUGGACUAUAUCCCACCUUUCCUGGGAUAGACUAUUUUCAUUUGGAGCCGGAAAUGGAGACUGAAAAGGCUUAUAUCGGGGGUGAGCGGAUUGCUUUGAGGGCUUUGGAGUUGAGACUCACACAUGAGUAUGAGGCUUUCACGCGGGGCACGUUUUUACCCAAUCAAAGGGAUCCAGAUGUGCUAUGUCCACCCAAAAGUCUGAGUCCGGAUCUCAGGUUCGGAUCUCUAUCCGUCAGAAAGUUCUAUUGGGGUGUUUUGGACGCGUUUAAGAAGUCGCAACAGAACACCAAAAAACCGUUUAAUCCUCGAAUCAUAUCUCAGUUGCUGUGGCGAGAGUUUUUCUACACUAUGUCGGUGGAAAACGAUUACUACGACGAAAUGGCACGCAAUGAGAUCUGCGUCAAUAUUCCUUGGAAUCCGGUGGAGAAUAAUCCACAUUGGAAGGCAUUUCUGGAUGCUCGCACGGGUUAUCCAUUCAUUGAUGCGGGCAUGAGGCAAUUGUACAAGGAAGGAUGGACUCAUCACGUUGUCAGAAAUGCCAUAGCAUGUUUCCUUACGAGAGGUGACUUGUGGAUCAGUUGGGAAAAUGGACUGAAAGUAUUCCUGAAAUAUCUUCUUGACGCGGAUUGGUCCGUUUGCACCGGAAAUUGGUUAUGGAUCUCAAGCUCCUCCUUCGAAGAGGCUCUAAAAUCUUAUGGGAUCAUCGACCCAAGUCUAUAUGGUCGACGAGUGGAUCCUUGGGGCAAGUAUGUCCAAAAAUACAUCCCGGAGUUGGCCAACUAUCCAGUGGAGUACGUUUACGAGCCGUGGUUGGCUCCGAAAGAGGUUCAGGAAGAAGCCGGCUGCAUCAUCGGCAAAGACUAUCCAGAGCCCAUCGUGGAUCACCAAAAAGCCUCAGCAGAGAACACAAAAAGAAUGAACGAUCUUAAAGAGUAUCUCACAAGACAAUUGAGUCUAGAACCUAGUCCGUCUGUCUCACCGGUGGAAAUUUUAGAUUUCGAGAGUUUGGCGGAGAAUUUUGGCGCACCCGAGGUUCAAUGUUGCCAAGAAUGUCCGUCAUAGGAAUCUCAUUGGCCUCUUGGAAAAUGAAUGUUGUUACACUUGUACUUAAUGUUUUGCUACAUUAGCAUUUUUUUGUUCUGACCUUAAUGGGGAAUUCAGUACCCAAACUAGUCAUGCCCUCCAUCUUCAACCGUCUAUAGCUAGAUCUCGUGGAUAUUCGGCGGUUUAAAGUUUAAGCGAUUAUUUAUUGUUCAAGUGACUGCAUAUUUUUACCCAAAUAAAAUACGUGGAACUUUGCAGUGUU